AUGCACACAAUCAGCCAUCGUCAAAGGCUCUCAAAGCAUAUCUCCUCCGUCUCACCUUUAUCUCUUAAGUCUCUGACAACCGUUUGUUACCAUCACCUUCAGUAUGUUGUCAAUACGACCUACAAGAAGGAUGCCACAAAUGUUGGUGAUGAAGGUGGCUUUGCUCCCAACAUCCAGGAGAACAAAGAAGGUCUCGAGCUCUUGAAGACUGCAAUAGCAAAAGCUGGAUAUACUAGAAAAAUUAAUUCCAAAUUACAUGUUGUUAUUGGAAUGGAUGUUGCUGCUUCUGUGUUCCAUGAUGACAAGAGCAAAACCUAUGAUUUGAACAUUAAGGAAGAGAACAAGGAUGGAUCAGAGAAGAUAUCAGGGGACAGUUUGAAGAACGUGUACAAGUCAUUUGUGGGUGGCUACCCGAUUGUAUCAAUAGAUGAUCCUUUUGAUCAAGAUGAUUGGGUAGUUUAUGCAGAUGGGAGCAUAUGUUUGGACAUUCUUCAAAAUCAAUGGAGUCCAAUCUAUGAUGUUCCUGCCAUUCUUACAUCAAUUCAGUCAUUACUGUGCGAUCCAAAUCCAAACUCCCCAGCCAACUCUGAAGCAGCACGGUUGCUUAGUGAGAAUAAGCGCAAGUACAACAGAAAAGUGCGUGAAAUUGUUGAACAAAGCUGGACAACCGACUAA